CUUCUUCUGCAGAUUCAGGGCUUCACACAUGUACUACAUCUCCUCUUCAUGACAAGGAGAUCUCCUCCUGCCACACUAACGGUGAUUGUAGCUUUAUACCAUGCACCCCGAAACGGGGCAGGCCCCGGACCAGGCCUCUCUUCAGCUCCACACCGACCUCAGAUCUCCAACCCCUAUCUCCAAAAAGAGCUAAGAAUAGUUGCACACAACAUAGUCAUCAGAAUGCCAAAGAGUCCAGUCGAGUAAAGACGCCUCCUACAGACGUUACACCAUCUAGACCUCAGAGGCUCGUGGCAGUAGGGAGGCCAAGAGGUCGCAAGAAAAAGAGCGUGGAGGAACAGCUAAUUGUCUCUCCAUCAGUAAAACAAUGCAGGAAGAGUGCAACAUCUGAUCUAGAAUCUCCUCAGGAAAAGCCAGCUGUUGAGACGCCGCCUCCAAAUGAAGCUCACAUUAAAACCCAGAUGCAAGAGCCACAGGAAUCAGGGCUUCACACAUGUACUACAUCUCCUCUUCAUGACAAGGAGAUCUCCUCCUGCCACACUAACGGUGAUUGUAGCUUUAUACCAUGCACCCCGAAACGGGGCAGGCCCCGGACCAGGCCUCUCUUCAGCUCCACACCGACCUCAGAUCUCCAACCCCUAUCUCCAAAAAGAGCUAAGAAUAGUUGCACACAACAUAGUCAUCAGAAUGCCAAAGAGUCCAGUCGAGUAAAGACGCCUCCUACAGACGUUACACCAUCUAGACCUCAGAGGCUCGUGGCAGUAGGGAGGCCAAGAGGUCGCAAGAAAAAGAGCGUGGAGGAACAGCUAAUUGUCUCUCCAUCAGUAAAACAAUGCAGGAAGAGUGCAACAUCUGAUCUAGAAUCUCCUCAGGAAAAGCCAGCUGUUGAGACGCCGCCUCCAAAUGAAGCUCACAUUAAAACCCAGAUGCAAGAGCCACAGGAAUCAGGGCUUCACACAUGUACUACAUCUCCUCUUCAUGACAAGGAGAUCUCCUCCUGCCACACUAACGGUGAUUGUAGCUUUAUACCAUGCACCCCGAAACGGGGCAGGCCCCGGACCAGGCCUCUCUUCAGCUCCACACCGACCUCAGAUCUCCAACCCCUAUCUCCAAAAAGAGCUAAGAAUAGUUGCACACAACAUAGUCAUCAGAAUGCCAAAGAGUCCAGUCGAGUAAAGACGCCUCCUACAGACGUUACACCAUCUAGACCUCAGAGGCUCGUGGCAGUAGGGAGGCCAAGAGGUCGCAAGAAAAAGAGCGUGGAGGAACAGCUAAUUGUCUCUCCAUCAGUAAAACAAUGCAGGAAGAGUGCAACAUCUGAUCUAGAAUCUCCUCAGGAAAAGCCAGCUGUUGAGACGCCGCCUCCAAAUGAAGCUCACAUUAAAACCCAGAUGCAAGAGCCACAGGAAUCAGAUCAAAACAUGUCCUCUGACCUCUCCAUUGAGCCGAAUCUGCAAGAGAAGCCUCAUCCUCUUAACAACUCUCUCUUCAUGGAGGAGGAAGAGGACCUAGACGACGAUGAUGAGGAGCUGCCCAGCUUUUUGCAACAGGACCAUAAAAACCCUUUGUCAAUCUCAAAGGGACUUUGCGUGUGGUGCAAACUGAGGAAAUAUCCCUACUGGCCUGCAGUGGUUAAAAGUGUGAAUUGCAAGAACAAAAAAGCCAGCAUUGUAUUUAUUGAUUGUUACCUAAUCGACCAGAAGAGAAUUAGAAAAGGGUUUUCUGUUUCCCUGCGAACCUUAAAACCUUUUGAUUGUGAAGAAUGUGAACAUUUGGUGGACAUUGCAAAAGAGAAGUAUGGCAAUUCUAUUACCUGGUCUCUGGAACUGAUAUCAGACUAUAGGAUCCGCAUUGGAUGUGGAUCCUUCUCUGGCUCCUUCAUCGAAUACUGUGCUGCUGACAUCAGUUGUCCAGUGCGGAGGAAGUACUCCGAGGGGAAAUCUGUGCUCACCUUCCCCAGUCAGGAGAUUCUGGGCGAGCAGUGUGACGGCUCUGAUAAUAACGCGGAGGACAUCGUCGUGGAAGAGCAAGAUGAGCUUCACUCCAAGAAAGUGCUGCCUGACCGAUCCGAGACUGCACGCAACCGCGCCAACAAGCAGUUGGUUGACUUCAUCAUCAGACGAAAAGUCGAAAACCGCUUAUUGGCAGUCAUUAGUGGUCGUGAGUCCUCUAAAUGGAUGCAAGCCCUCCAGAAGCCUUCUUGCCGAGUGGUUGGUGUCUACCUGGAAGAUGAGGAGCAGGUUGAUGAGGUUUACCACUACCUGAACAAAGUCUGUGAUAGUGCUCCUCAAAUAAACACCUGUCUAGAAAACAUCCAGGCCGACCGGAUCCGCCUUAUUCUUGAUGUGCUUCUGCCUGAGGCCAUAAUCUAUGCCAUCGCUGGAGUCCACAAGCUUUCCCUGGAGAAGGCAGAGGAGAAAUAUCACAGAGGGCCGUGCUUUAGUAACCGAGAAAGACAGGAGUUUGACAUGAUGAUUGAACAGCAGAUGAAGCUCAAGGAAAUCACCCGGCAUCAUAGGCAGUGACGGCCCCUCAAUUAAAAAAAAAAAAAAAGAACUUUUAUGAAUUCUGUUCAUAUUUUUAUAAAUAGGAAUGUUUUCAAUAUAUUUUCUUAUAGUAUAUUAGAAAAUUAAUUGAAUGAUGGUUGAAUUGAAUGAGUGUUCAUGGCAAAAAAGAUUUUGCUGUUGAUUGUAAAUUAAUCUGAUAUUAAAUGUUUAUCAAAUCUCUGAGACUUUAUGAGCUGAAUGGUAUGUCUAUGAUGCUAAAGUCAGCAAAAUAUGGUGCUUUUAAUGUGUGCAGUGCAUAAUAAGUAAAUACCUUGUGCUAAUACAUAAAUACAUAAUUAAAAAAUAAUGUAAUAUUCCUCAGAUUAACUAAAACCCAUGUGGUUGCUACUUGUUUUGAAAAUGUGUGUCCUUGGGUGUUUGUAUCUAACUGAACCCUGUCAAGCUGCAUUUACAAUCUACACGGCUGAUGUCUCUAAAAAGUGUUGCCAUUUUUAGCCACCUCACAUUUCACAGUAAUUUUCUGUGCGUAGCUUUUUCUACAUCGAUAUACGAAAAGAUGCCAAAGUUGUUGCAUUUUACGGCAACUGAAUUCUGGUCUAAUGUACAUAAAUAUUGUAUUCAGGACUUUGCAAUUGAUGUUUAUCAAUAAAUCUUUAUUUUUCAA